AUGAAAGCCAAGCAUCAGCAGGACUUCACUUCGGCCAGAUUUUUCGCCAAAUGUGAUCCUUCCUUCGUCAGCCUUUGUCUGGGAGUUAUAAUAGAAGAGUUCUUCUUCUUCCUACCGAGGAAGGAAAGACUGAUAAGGUACGAGUGGAAUACCUAUAACGAGACAAGCAAAGAAAGGGCCAGAGAAAGGACGAAUAUAACUCUACUUCGCUCGGGGCGGGGCAUAAACUACUCCCAGGGAGAAUUCUUUAUUGAGUUGAGAGUGGGCUUAAGGGCUGACUUGUUUCAACAUUUUAUAGACUUAGAUCUCUCAUACCAUAACAUAAGCAAAAUCUUUCCUUUGACCCUUGGUCUACUCCUAAGAUCUGUCCUAAGGUGGGAAGCGGAUACAUCAAUGAAUGAAAAGAAAGAAAGAAUGAUUCAACAUUUCAUAAUAAGAAGUGGGACCGAUUUUGCGAGGCAAGAGCAACUGCUUCGCUCAAAGAGACCUUACUGCUGA